AUGAACAUGAUGGCCAUUGCUCAGAAUCACACUGAUUUCAUACUCUUGGGACUCAUCAUCCAUCCUAUGUUCCCUGGGCUUAUCUUUGCUGUGGUGCUCUCCAUCUUUGUGGUAGCUGUAACAUCCAAUCUGGUUAUGAUUCUACUCAUUCACGUGGACUCUCACCUCCACACACCCAUGUACUUUUUGCUUAGUCAACUAUCUAUCAUGGACACUGCCUACAUCUCCAUCAUUGUCCCUAAGAUGCUGCAAAACCUUCUAUCCAAGGAAAAGACCAUCUCCUUCAAGGGAUGCGCUGUUCAGAUCUAUCUCUACACGACUCUGGUAGGAGGAGAGUUCUUUCUCCUAGGUCUCAUGGCCUAUGACCGAUAUGUAGCUGUGUGUAAUCCUCUCAGGUACUCUCUCCUCAUGAACCGCAGGAUUUGCUUGUUUAUGGCAGUAGGCUCAUGGAUUGGAGGUUCCUUGGAUGGAUUUAUUUUGACUCCUGUCACCAUGGGAUUUCCAUACUGUGGGUCCAGAGAAAUCAAUCACUUUUUCUGUGAGAUUCCUGCUGUGUUGAAGUUGUCAUGUGAAGACACUUCACUCUAUGAGACCCUUAUGUAUGCCUGCUGUGUGCUGAUGGUGCUCAUUCCUAUAUCCCUCAUCUCGGUCUCCUACACACGGAUUCUGAUUACUGUCCACCGGAUGAAUUCUGCUGAGAGCAGGCGCAAAGCCUUUGCUACCUGCUCUUCCCAUAUUAUGGUGGUGAGCAUUUUCUAUGGAGCAGCUUUCUACACCAAUGUGAUUCCCCAGUCCUACCACACACCAGAGAAAGACAAAGUUGUAUCUGCCUUCUACACCAUCCUCACUCCCAUGCUCAAUCCACUUAUCUACAGUUUAAGAAAUAAAGAUGUGGCAGUAGCUCUACGAAAACUUCUAGGAAGAUACGUUUCCACACAUAGGAUCUGGGUUGGCAAAUGA